AUGAAGUUACCUUUCAACAUUUUGCUAGCACCAUUACUUAAGCCUCAUUUGAAAUACCUUCAAGCGUUCUGUCAAUAUCCCACAUUUUAUAUUUGCCUCCCGUAUACAUAUUUCUAUGGAACCCUAGGCUUUUUCAUCAGUGUUCUUCAUUUGAAAAGGAAUUUCGGCAAAGUUCUUCUCGAAAAUGCAAGUGAAACCAGAAUGAGGGCGUUACAAAAUCCACUGGUUAUUCAUGACAUUAAGAUCAUUGGCGCAUCAAUGGGAAUACUGCAGUAUAUCUGUCUCUUGAUCGGAUGUGUUACAUUGAACGAUGUGUGCAACGAAAAUCCGGAGAGUAUUCGGACAAAGCUGCGCGCAUUUAUGGUGGCACUUUUCGGGGUAUCAAUGUCUGUAUGCGCGAUCGCUUCGCAACCCGUUGAACUUGAAUUAGAGGACAACGAAGUAGCACAGAAGUUGAACAACGUAAGCUUUGCGAGGCGAAUAACAAAGCCAACCAUUCGCCUGGUGAUCGGAUAUGGGACGUUUAGCGCGACUGUCACUGCAAUCACCUCCUUACUGUUACUCAUUGCUGUAAUGUCGAAGAAAUCGUGGUGGCAACGGGGAGCCCGUUGGCUUGCAGCCCCAGCGCUUUUAGUUGCCGCGCUGGAGACCGCCUCCGAUGCUAGCGACGCUUUAUUGGUAACCAUAUUGCGAAGCUCCGCGCCGCCCAGCAAAAUCGUGGCGCAAACAUUUGCGACCUGCGCAUUAAUCACCGUCGAGAUAUUAGUAUGGUAUUUCAUAGCGAAAUUUUUCGAGUAUAAUCCGUCAAUACCAAUUGAAGCAGGCGAAAAA